ACUUUAAACGUGGAUCAUGGCACACCUUAGCAACUACACGAGCUGUUUGUUUAAUAGGUCUUAACAACGCCACUGUGGCAAAUACUUAAGCGUUACAUUAUUCUAAAGCCUCGAGGUUCAGAUUGAAAAGGAAAUACAAGUACGCUGGUGUAUCUUGUCAUUUAACGCCAACUUAACGAAAAAAUGAGCAACCAAGAAGUUGUCACUAUAAACGUGGGAGGCCAAAAAUUUACAACGGUUGUUACUACAUUAAAGAGAUUCCCGGAGUGUAAACUCGCGCGUAUGUUAGAUGGGAGCGAUCCCGAAAUUCGCAUCAUUAAUGGACAGUUCUUCAUCGAUCGAGACGGAGAUUUGUUCAGAUUUAUCCUAGACUACAUGAGGACUCGGCAAGUUUGCAUCCCUCCGGACUUCACGGAAUACGAAGCGCUGUAUCGCGAGGCAGAAUUCUACGAACUCCGGACUCUCGCGGAUGUGCUUAGCAAAGACUCGAUCCGACCUAGAGCGGAGAUACUCGAGGUUCGCUUCUCACUUCAGGAAACGCACUCAUUCUUCCGGAUAUUCUGCUCUUGCAGCGGCACAAUCGAAAUGCUGGCUGCAAGAAUAUCUCUUCUGGUAGACCAGACCGCUGGUAACUGGACGUACGCCUAUCAGCCCACGAAACCUAUGGCUCCAGUGCCGCUGCAGCGGCCUUCUCAUCAUGACUUAGUGUUCCAGUGCGGUAAUGAUAUUUCCGCUGGAGAGGAAUUCGCGGCGAGAUAUGUGACAAUCCAACCAGACGAAAGGAGACUUAUUAACGGUACCAACGUGCUUGGUUUGCUAGUGGACAUACUACUGAAAGAGGGUUUUCGACUAUUGAGCACGAGAACAGUUUCAUCGGAGGAAAAGGUGGAGUGUUACACAUUUGAGAGGGUCAAGCGCCCUCAGAUCUCAACAAUCGCGGGUGGACACAGCACGGAGAACCUGCAGUCCAAGCAUGUCAAAUCCCAGCGGAAAAAAUGAAACAUUUAGAAGUUAUAGGGCAGUCACUAUUAUACUCUUUUUAGCAAUUAUAUUUGAUCAUUAAAAAAAAAAAAAAAAGGAUCGCCAGCAAGUCUUCCCGUUUCCCAGAAGGGGGCGACGCCGCAUUAUCUGUUGGAAACGUUUCUCAGACUUACACGGAUUUGUUUUUUUCUUGAUCUACUAUACCAAAUUGUGCACCCAAAAAUUCAUGACCUCAAAUCCAUAGUUGAUUUUAUGACAUGAAUCACAGCAGUGUUUGACGAUGCUUUCGUCAUAAAUUUCCCCGAGCUUACAGUUCAACAUUGGGAAGCAGCUGGAAGUGUCCUCAGAACGCAUUUGGUAAUAUGUGUUUAGAGCAAAUAUUUUUAGUUAAACAAUAUGGCAUCUUUAAUUUUUACGGUAUACAAGUAUUACAAGUAUAGUUUUUAUUACUGUCAGUAAACAACAACACAAUCUAUUUAUGUAUUAAAGUGCCUUUAGUUAUA